GCUGCCUGGCCCUGCGUGCCCUGCGUGCUGCGGCUCUUUGCGUCUGCGUACUGCGUUCACCUCCCUUUCUGAUUCCUCGGCCGCCAUGGCGCCCGUGAAAAAGCUUGUGGCAAAGGGGGGCAAAAAAAAGAAGCAGGUCCUGAAGUUCACCCUUGACUGCACACAUCCUGUAGAAGAUGGAAUCAUGGAUGCUGCCAAUUUUGAGCAGUUUCUCCAGGAGAGAAUCAAGGUGAAUGGCAAAGCCGGGAAUCUCGGUGGAGGGGUGGUCACCAUCGAAAGGAGCAAGAGCAAGAUCACUGUGACUUCUGAGGUGCCCUUUUCCAAAAGGUAUUUGAAAUAUCUCACCAAAAAAUAUUUGAAGAAGAAUAAUCUCCGUGAUUGGUUGCGCGUAGUUGCUAACAGCAAAGAGAGUUACGAAUUACGUUACUUCCAGAUUAACCAGGAUGAAGAGGAGGAGGAAGAUGAGGAUUAAAACUCCUUUGUCUGGAAUAUUUUUUAUGAGUUCUUGAAUAAAACUUGGGAACCAAAACGGUGGUUUAUCCUUGUAUCUCUACAGUAUGGAUUGAAGGGGAAACUGGCAGUCAUGGCCAUGGGCUUCAUUGGGCUGCCGCUCACUUAUAAUUAGACUUUUUUUUCUUCUUGAAAAUUCCAGUUUCCAGGGUAGCAAUACCAGAAAGUCAGGAGGAGGCUGCCUGAGGGAACUGAGAACCAGCCGUCCACCCUGAGCCAGUAGAGAAGGGUGUGGAGACGGACGCCAGACUUGUCCUUUGAUUUAAAAAAACGUAACAGUCGCUUUCACUUGAAUGUGAUACUUUUCUCCAAGGAAGAUUCAGGAGUAUAAUGUGGUUCCUCAGUCACUGGAAGCAAAAUAGGUUAUUUCUUUCCAGGAAAAUGGCAGUGUCAAUAAAAUGCAGGUUUCUGGGACAUUUGUCUACUUUUUAAUUCCAAGUUAUUCUUGAUGCUCACAGUUACAUAUUGCUAAUCCUUUUUCUUCCUAUAGAUAUAAGAUGUGGUCCUUUAGCCUUCUUGCAUAUUCUACCCUUCAUAAAAGGGUUUGGAGAACAAUUAUGAAAGUUCUAGGCUUUAAAUGAAGUAAAUGUGUUCAGAAAUGGAUUUGUAAACCGUUGCUUCUUCAAGUCUUUGCCAUUCUGG